AUGGAUAAUGAGCAGCAUGAAAACCAUGUAAAAACCCAAAACGCAGUGUCGAUUGAUAUCGUCAACACAAAAAAGAAUAUCAACGAUGAACUCAAUAAAGAUCCUGAUAAUAACGAUAAUUUUGAGGAUCAAAGUCAAAUCUUGCCAUUUAAACAAUUAGUGGUUGUAUUCGUAGGUUUAUUAUUGGCACUUUUCCUUGCUGCCCUCGAUCAAACAAUCGUAUCAACAUGUCUUCCGAAAAUUGCCUCGGAAUUCGACGCUCUUGAUAAAAUCGCAUGGGUUGGUACGGUAUAUUUAUUAACAGCCACAGCAGUUCAACCACUUUAUGGCAAGUUUUCGGAUAUUUUUGGGCGAAAGUCUGUUUUUCUAUUUGGCGUUAUUAUAUUUUUGGUAGGAAGUGCGUUAUGUGGAGCUUCUCAGACCAUGACAAUGCUUAUUAUUUUCAGAGGUGUUGCUGGAAUGGGUGGAGGUGGUAUUAUUAGUAUGAUUAUGGUUAUAAUAUCGGACGUGGUUUCACUUCGAGAUCGUGGAAAGUAUCAAGGAUCUAUUGGUGGCGUAUUUGGAAUUGCUUCUGUCGUCGGUCCUUUAAUUGGUGGCGCUUUCACGGAUCAUGCUUCUUGGUGGGCAUUCUACGUAAAUUUACCUAUCGGCUUUGGAACAAUCGUCUUAAUCAUAGUUUUCCUUAAAUUACGAAGCGUUUCCGGCUCAAUUAAAGAAAAAAUUGCACGAAUUGAUAUUUUGGGUAGUCUUUUAACUAUGCUCUCUAUUAUAUGUCUGUUAUUACCAACAAACUGGGGAGGAAAUGAAUACGAAUGGAACAACUGGAGAGUCAUUUUACUUUAUUGUAUUGGUGGGAUUCUUGUCUUUGUCUUGAUUUACGUUGAACUACGAGUCGCCAUUGAGCCAGUUAUUCCGCCGAGUAUGUUCAAAUAUCGGACUGUGAAUGCCGUUUUUGUAUCAAAUUUCUUUAUUGGAACAGUGUUUUUCUCAUUGAUUUUCUUUACUCCGUUGUUUUUCCAGACCGUAAAACAUUCCUCUGCUACUUCAGCUGGUCUUCACUUGAUCCCUCUUAUCUGCGGUCUCGUGGUGUUUUCGAUCCUUUCAGGAAUUGGAGUCUCAAUAACUGGUCACUGUAGAGAAUUCGUUUGGAUUGGCACUAUCAUGCUGACUGUCGGCUGCGGACUUAUGACUAUGUGGGAUGCAGACACGAAUAAUGGCAAAUUAAUAGGAUAUUUAAUUGUGUGUGGUUGUGGAAUGGGACUCCUCUUGCAAACUACUUUGCUUGCAGCGCAAAGUGCUGUUCCACACAAGGAAAUUGCGGUAGUCACUUCAAUGGCAAAUUUCUUCCGAGCUGUCGGUGGGAUCUUCGGCUUAGCAAUAAACGGUUCGGUGUUCAACAACAUUCUCAGAAACCGGUUUAAAGAAAUUGUCGCCUCUUCACACUACGUACCCCCCAACAUCAUUAACUCGGAAAACAAUGUUAGUGCCAUAUAUCAGAUUCCGGAUCCGGUAUUGCGUGGAAAAGUUAUUGAUGCAUUUGUAAGUGCCAUUAGCGCAAUCUAUAUGGUUACUAUACCGUUUGCAGUGUUGGCAUUUUUGUCGAGUUUAUUUUUGAAGCAUCAUAAGAUACAGAAAACUCCCGGUGCGAGUGACACUACCACCAAAUGA